GUUAAUCCCUCACAAACAAAGAAAAAAAACGAGCGAACCAUGUCACCAACAAAAAAUCUAGUAAGACUAGCGGAAGACUAUUACAAAAGGGGCAAUCUCCAAGGAGCCCUUAAAGUCGUGCAUGACUUGAUGUGUGAAGCAAACACAUCUGAAAACCACCAAGAUAUCUCACAGAUUCUCGUCGCCUAUGAAAUCAACUGGGUUAACUUACGUGGUUUCACACUCUACAAGAUUCUGAGAAUAAAAAACCCGUUAUGUGACCCUCAGUUGAUCCAGAUAAUGUACGAAGACAUCAUGGCUAAGCUCUGUCCCGACGGAAACAAGUCUAUUGCUGCCAAGUCAGCUUUCGAGAUCAUCAAUUAUGCGUGGAAGAUCUUGUCCAAUCCUGUGACACGAAGAGAUUAUAAUAUGAGAAAAGGGUUUACAGAGGUCGUCAGAGAGAUUCAUGUUUCAAGGAAAAGGAUGAACUAUUUCAAAGAGUGAGAUAAGGGGUAAGUCAUUGUGUCGACGUUUCUGAUUCAUAUUAUAACUAAACCUAUCGUAUAACUAGUAGGGUUAGAGUAUUCAGUUUUUAUGCCUUUGUUCGGAUACAAUACCUAUCUUAUUUUUUUAUGCCUGGGUUAGUUUUGCGAUUUUUCUUAUUUCUAGUUAGGUAUCAUUUUUC